AUGGCGGCGGUGGGAUGCACGGUCCGGGCGGCGCUCUGCAGCAGGAGCCGUAGGAGCUCCGCCGGUCGCUCCGCCAUAUCCUGCUCCGUCCAGCCCGCCCAGAAUUCCAUCAAGGUUCCUCUCCAUCUCCUUCCUGUUCCUUGUUCCAGCAUCGGGGGGAAGAAUGACCAGAAUGAGGAGCAAAGGGUUCAUCGUUUUUCUUCUUUCUCGCAGGUGGUGAUCAACGGGGCGACGAAGGAUAUCGGCAGGGCUGCGAUCGCCGCGGUGGCCAAGUCCAGGGGGAUGGAGGUGGCGGGCGCCAUAGACUCUGCCCUCGUCGGCGAAGACGCCGGAAAGGUCCGCCCCUCACGACAGACCCGCCGGAAGUUAUGGCCUUCCGGCGCUUGCUCCGGUGGAGUUCCUUCUUCCCUGAGGAUUAGUGUCGUCGUUGCUGAUACCAGUCCCGUGGCUGCUAGAUAUGCGGGUUGGAAGAGCCUCUGGAGAUUCCCAUCAUGAGCGACCUCACCAUGGUUCUGGGCUCGAUAGCGCAGGUUCUUCUUCCUCUUCCGCUCCUCCUCCUUCAGUUCCCCAUAGAUCAAGACGAUGACGACAACGAUGACGCCAUCUUCCCUCUCUGACAAGCAGUCGAGAGCAACCGGCGUCGUCGUCGACUUCACCGAUCCCUCCGCCGUCUACGACAACGUGAAGCAGGUUAGGGCUCUAGAAGCCUUUCUGUACGCAAGCUCUGGAGUUCAUGCUCCUACCCAGAGCCUUCUGCUCUCCACCUGCAGGCGGCGGCCUUCGGGCUGGCGAGCGUCGUCUACGUGCCGAAGAUCCAGCUGGAGACGGUGACGGCGCUGUCCGCCUUCUGCGAGAAGGCCAGCAUGGUGAGCCCUCGCCUCCAUUGAGCUCGCCUCACAAGGACGGACAACCUCCAGAAGACUGACCAGAGGCCGUCGUUCUCCCUCGUGCUCCCCAGGGCUGUCUGGUGGCGCCGACGCUCUCCAUCGGCUCCGUUCUUCUCCAGCAAGCGGCGAUCCAAGCCUCGUUCCAUUACAGAAACCUCGAGAUUGUGGAGUCCAGGCCGGACCCAUCGGUAAGCGACGUUUCCCCCUCACUUCUCCGGAGAGCCAUCCAUCGGUGAGCGAAGCUUCGCCAUUCUCCCAUCUGCAGGACCUUCCAUCACCGGACGCCAAGCAAAUCGCCCGCAACCUGUCGGACCUCGGCCAGAUCUACAACCGAGAAGAUCUCACCACGGACAAUCCGGUAAGUGCCCCAACCUUGCUGACGGGAGGAAGAAGACGACUAUAAUUCAUGGCGGCCCUCCUGGUUUGGAUUUCCAAGGCGAGAGGCCAGCUUCUCGGCGACGACGGCAUCCGCGUUCACAGCAUGGUGCUCCCAGGGCUCGCUUCCAGCACUGCAGUCCACUUCUCGGGCCCAGGGGAGGUGCGUCAUCUUCCUCUCUCCCCUUUACCUCUGGAAAGCUCUUCGAACCAGAUAGCGGCCCUUGACAGACUGUUCUUGAUGUUACCAGGUCUACUCUGUUACACACACCAUCACCGACGUGCAGAGCCUGAUGCCCGGCCUGAUUCUGGCAAUCCGAAAGGUCAUUCGCUUGAAGGUAACUCCCCCUCCUCCCCUGACUCGGUUCUUCUCUCACUGAUCAUCAGAAAGCUUACGUUUCUCCCCCGCAGAAUCUGAUCUACGGCUUGGAGAAGUUCUUGUAG